UUGGCUGGGAGCGCGCAUGCGCAUGACGGCGGCGGGGACUUGCGCUCGCCGCGGCGAACUGUGAGGCAGUCAAAGACGGAGCGCGCGGCGAGCUGGGACUUGCGCUCGUCGCCGCUCGUGCUCUGGGCGUAGCGAGCGAGUGAGAGGUUAUGAGCCUGCAGGACUCCAGCGGCCACGCUCGCUCCGGCCGCGGCCAUGGCAGCCUCCAUAGAGCAGGAGUUCCAGGAGAUCGACAGUACUAACGACUGGCAGGCUCGCUACCUUGAAAUUCGGCAUAAAGCCAAUGACUAUCCUCAUAGAGUUGCAAAAUAUCCAGAAAACAGAAAUCGAAAUAGAUACAGAGAUGUCAGCCCAUAGUCAAUCCCUUACCUCUCUAAAAGUGCAAAGUUUCAAAAAGUUGAAUGAACAGAAGAUUGUUGGGAGUGGAAUAGAUAUGGACAAGGAGAAGAAAUCUGGAGACAAAUAUGACCAUAGUCGUGUAAAACUGCAGAACACAGAGAAUGAUUAUAUCAAUGCCAGUUUAGUAGUCAUAGAAGAAGCCCAAAGAAACUAUAUUUUAACACAGGGUCCACUUCCUAAUACUUGUUGUCAUUUUUGGCUAAUGGUAUGGCAACAAAAGACCAGAGCUGUUGUCAUGCUAAACAGAAUUGUUGAAAAAGAGUCAGUAAAAUGUGCACAGUACUGGCCAACAGAAGAAGAGGAAGUCAUGAUGUUCGAGGAAACGGGAUUUUGUGUGAGGCUAGUAUCAGAGGAUAUAAAAUCCUAUUAUACAGUUCACCUACUACAAUUAGAAAACAUCAAUAGUGGUGAGUCCAGGAUGAUAUCUCAUUAUCAUUAUACUACGUGGCCAGAUUUUGGAGUCCCUGAGUCCCCAGCUUCAUUCCUCAACUUCUUGUUUAAAGUCAGAGAAUCUGGUUCGCUGAGUCCUGAACAUGGACCUGCCGUAAUUCACUGUAGUGCAGGGAUAGGACGCUCUGGCACAUUUUCAUUAGUAGACACCUGUCUUGUCCUGAUGGAAAAAAAAGACCCUUCUUCUGUGGACAUUAAGCAAGUAUUAUUGGAUAUGAGAAAAUAUCGCAUGGGACUUAUUCAGACGCCUGACCAGCUAAGAUUCUCAUAUAUGGCUGUAAUAGAAGGAGCAAAAUUUAUCAUGGGGGAUUCAACUAUACAGAAACGGUGGAAGGAACUUUCUAAGGAGGACCAAGCACCAUGUUCUGAGCAGUCUCCUCCACACCCAACCAGAAUAAAUACAGAGAAGUACAAUGGGAAUAGUGUGAGCAUAGAAAAACAGGAGCAAAUGGGGGAGAAAACAAAUACUGAACUGUCCACUAAAGUACAAGAUACUAUGGAUGGAAGCAUUGAAAGUACUGUUCGGAAACGGCUGCGAGAGGAUAGAAAGGCUCACACAGCCCAGAAGGUGCACCAGAUGAAACAGAAGCUAAGUGAGACUGAAAGAAAAAGAAAAAGGUGGUUAUAUUGGAAACCUAUUCUCACUAAGAUUGGGUUUGGUACAGUCAUUUUAGUUGGAGCUUAUUCUUGCUGGAAACUGUAUUUUCAAGAACAUUCCUUGUAAGUAAAAACUUAUUUGCACUGUGAGCCUGUCUACGGUAGCAGCUAAUCUUACUGCAAGUCAGUCACUAGGGAGUUUGACUUUCAGCAGCAAACUCCUUAACACCUAAAAUCGGUGCAGUUUAGAGACAAACUAGAUAAGUGAUGUAAACUGAUCAGUCAGCAUCUCAGGACUUUCACAGCAGGUACUUCUGAAACCAAAUGGCAAAUUGCUACCCAGAAUAAAGUUGUUCGUUUGUUUGUUUUAAAUAAACAGAUACAAACUUUGUGUAACUGUAUUUAUAUACUUUUAAAAAUGGUAUUCCACUGAAUCUAGAUACAUAGACCCUGAGCCAUGAAAAUUUAACUAUCGCGGCUGUCUGGGGUUUAAUUUACAUGCCUGACAUAAGCAAUAAACAGUGUGUUAUCAUUUACAUUAUUAAUGCAAAGAAGUUAUCCUUAAAUGUGUGUAAUGUACUAUUGACAUAGGCAUCAACAUUUUAUAUUCUUAUGACCCAGGAUAAAUAUAUUUUAUAACUGCAUAUUUAAUCUUACUUUUUGUAGCUAACUGUACUUUUAAAAACUUAGUGUGUACAAAUUUAUUUGACCAAAAAAAAAUAAUUUGAUUUUGGAACUAAACGUAAAGGAUCAUUUGUGCACAGUGUAUCCAUUCCCUACGUUUCAAGAUUUUGAGACUUUCGAUAUGAGCAGCUAGGGUUCUGAUGAAGCACUUUUCAGUUUCUACUCUGUACGCUGCAUUCCUUUUAUUUAUUUUUUUUGUUUUGUUUUUGCGGUUUCCUUAUUUAAAGAAGCUUUAAAAAGCCUUUUUUUUUUUUUUUUUUUAAAUAAAGCUGUUUGCUAGCCCUAGACCUAGAGGCAAAUUGUUAAACUGAUUAAUGGAAGUUGUAUUAAGACUUCAGCUACUGUCUGAAGCUCUAGUUUUGUUAAAGUUCUGACAUUCCAUUAAAUGUGAAAUGAUAUUUUGUGUCUCAUCUUAUUAUUUUUUUUUUAGUUUUAUUCCAUGUAAAUAAUAAAAAUCUAUCACCCAUCAAUAAUGGCACAUUGAAUGCAACUUAAAACUGAUUUAACUUUGUGGAAAAACUUGUUUAAAAAUUAAUGGAAAGCAUUAGCUACAGAAUAUAGAUGAAUAUUGUCAACUAUUUGAUAACAUUUUAUUAACUGUGACAAAGUCUUAAGGAUGCCAGAUCUAUUUAAGGUACUUUUUUAAUUUGCCUCUCACCAUAGUAAACACAAUAGUUAGCCACUUCAUCAGGAAUAGUAGAUGAAGGAAGUACUUAUUUACCUUUGGAUCAGUUUGAGAUGGAUCAUACAUUUUUCACUGUUUAUACAAAAAAGUGUAUCUAAUAGCUCUUUUCCUAGCUCCAUUGUUCACUUUCUUUUCUUUCUGCCACUGGACUGCUGGGUGACCUUGGACAGAUCACUACCUCACUGCCUCAGUUUCCAAAUGUGUAAAAUGGAGAUAAUGAUACUGUGAUCUCCUUAAUAAAGCACUUUUAAGAGGUCUCCAGCCACCUGCAAGCUCAGUAGCAAGAGGUUAAACAUGAGACGUAAGCCAAGUUGCUAUUUCUUUGUAGUGCAACUAGAUGACUAAACAACAUACACUUCUGAGGAGUGUCUCAUGGACGUUAAUAGAUUUCCAUAGGUAACUCCAGACAGCGUGAAUAGGAGUAAAAUGUGUAAUACUCCUGGUAUUAGUAGAAGAAUGAGACUUCAGGUGAUAGGCUUAUAGUAUUCAGAGCUGUGUUUCUGUAAGACUGCCAUUAAAACAAAAUGGCAACUUGUACUGGAACCAUGGCAGAGCCAAGAUUUAGUAAUUGCUUUGGCACAUACAGUAAGUUUGGUUACUUGUUGUAAGUAGGUAUUUUAAGGAUAAUACAAUAAAGUUCAGUAAUGCUAAAUUCAAGACCGUAAGCAAUUGAGGGGAGAGUGCAGAUUUUGUGUUUAGGAAGGGCUUGUCCCAACAAAUACCUAUUUUUUUUAACCUUCAGCUGUUCUAACGCUAAUCAACCUCCAGCCUAAAGGCAGUGCAUUAGUCUUUCCAUCAUAUAUCUUCUAAUCUUCCCAUAUUUCUUUUCUUUUGUAAAGUGUCUUACAAACAGCUGGGUUUUAUUUAUGGGAAAAUGUAAGUUGUGCCAUGAAGUACUAUUAUAAAAGUGAAAUAAGAUCUUCAUAUCCUAAAGUGCUUAAAGGAAAACAGUUAAGAAAAAAAAUCUCCAAGAAAUGAUGAUAUCCCUUUCUCUGAAAUUGCAAGUCUCCAUUUAUCUCCUGACUCAGCAGCAGGAUUUUUCCAGGCAUUUUCUGCUUCCCUCUGAUAACAAGCUCUAAAUGCAUCUUUGAACGCCCUAAUUUGAAUUCUUAUACCUGACUCCAUCUAAACUCUGUCUUCUACAUUGCCCAGACCCCAAGAACACUCUUGGUCUCUUGGGAACGUUCAUGUAUGCUCACAUUGUGUUCACUCCUUUUCACACCAUAGAGUAGCAUUUGUAAAUGAAUUUGGUAAUUCAUGAGUAAGCUGUGUUUGGUUGGCUUGGCUGCAUCAUUAACAACCAGGCUGUGAAAACAUCUGUAACAAUUGUUAAGGAUCACACCAGUGACAGGCAAAAAUAUUUUAAAUUCUGAUCUGCUGCGGUAUAAGGUUGGGAAAGAAGCUUAAAGAAUUAAGCCUUUUACCACAUUCCAGGAAGGAGCUUUGUGUAAAAUCCUAGUUCCAUUUAAAAUCAAUGGCAAAAUGCCCACUGACUUUUUAGUGGGGUUAGGAUUUCCUCUUUUGUCUUUAGUUCAUAGCACUUUACAGGAAGGUGGUUGUUAGAAAAUCUAGGCUAUGCAUAUUUUGCUGUUUUUUAUGGCAGUUAAGUCAAAAGAGAACAUGAGACAAGUCUUCACUUCUGAGAUAUUAUAUCCUGAUUGGCGCACUAGUUCUGAAAUGCUGUUGAGCUUCUGAUUCGAAUCUUGACUGUGAUCCUUUUUCCCCUGCAUGUAUUUGUUUUCCAGAAUAAUUAAAUAUAAUUGGAGCAUAGUAGAACUUAUUUUUUUUAAUUGGAUCACUUUAAAGCUGACAUUCAGAUGAUUAGCUUCAUACAAAUCUCAUUCACCUUUUACCAAGUAACAAACACCUGAAUCUCCGUUAUAUGUAGCACAUUCUAGUUUUAUAAGGAUUGGAAUCUUGGUUUUCUAUUCGAUUUUUUUUUUCCUGGCAGGGGAAAUCUAUUGUUUGCAAUGGCACCACUUACUGUGUUGAGUGCCCCUCGAUCUUUUAAAUAUUUUCCCCACUACUUGUUGAGCAGGAGUUAUCCAAUAGCAAUAAUUAAAUACAGUCUAAAGUAAAGAUUUGGAGAAAUUACAGGUGCAUUUUAGGGAAAUUUAAUUUGCAAAUGAAACUUACUUAACUUAAUUAAACUUUUGGAACAUUACAUGUUCCAUUUCAUUAACUGAUGUAUUUUUAUUUUUAUAUAGUAUUUUCAAAAUAUACAGUAUAGUGCAAAUGGACAAUUAAAAAAAAAAAGGCAGGUAGGUAUGAAAAAGGCUUGAAGUAUAAUAGAGGCCAACAACAUUGUACCUUUUCAUUUAUUAGACUUUAAAUGUCAGAUUUUUGGAUGACUGCACAAGAAACUUAUGUAAAUUGAUUGAGUUAACUUAUGGGAAAAAUUGUCAUUGUGGUCAGGUGAUUUAAACUACAGGGUGGAAUUUGGCAAAGUUAUAAUUGUGUGAUAGUCUUCCUGCCUUUUAAAGCUGUUUUUUAAUUGGCUUCAGCUCAGUCUCACUCUUUUGUGUACUAAAAAUAAAUGUGUUCAAAAUA